AUGUCCAAACGGAGACAAGAAUCUAGUGAAUAUGAAAAUGUGCAAAGCAGUGAUGAUGAAUUUCAUAUGGAUUAUUUUGGCGAGCCCAAUGAAUAUACUGAUGACGAUGACUUCAAUAGCAAUUCAGAUAGUGGUAGCGAUAUCAUAGUGCCUAAAGAAAAUGUGUAUAUGCUGAAAAAACUUAAAUAUUAUCCGUACGUGAAGGAUGAAUUUGAGAUUCGUGGUGAGUCCAUGUUUUGGCAAUUGCGGAAAGAUAGCUUCUGGCAAAAGAUCAAUACAGUUCAUCCUGGCACUGCUCACGUUGUGGCAAUAACGAUAUUAGAUUUGCCGGCAUUUGAUCGAAAAUCCGUCGUCGAUUGCUGGGGCACAAUUCUGUAUGAAAUUGACGAGACACGAUUCCAGAUGCCGGUACCUUUCAUCCGACUCUCCGUCACAGAAAUAAUUGAUUGCUCGUGGAUUAAGUUCCUGGACAAGAAUGAACAUGGCGCAAUACUUGCUUUAAAAAGCACGUCUAGCACUGAAAGAAUUGUAAACAUUCAGCUAUCGAGUGAUCGAAUUAAUGAUCAGGGCGAACAUGAUUCCAAGAAGAAACAGCUUUUUCGUUUCUUGGCCAAAAAGACUUUCGAGAAGAUUCAUAAGGAUAUUUUUUCAGUAAAGGAGCACGGCUCCUUGACUUACUGUCUGAUCGAAAUAUUAUCGAUUGAUUCCGACGAAGCAAGUUUAAGGAUCUUUGCCAGAUCUGUUAACCAGCUUCAUAUAAUAUUGCGCCUUUUGCAAGACAAAUUUCCGAACAUGACGGUCGUGGAGAAGGUCGAUAAAUUCAUGGAGGCUGCAAUGGCUCUGAUACGCGAAUUAAACUUGACUCGCGACAAGAAAAGUGCGCUCGAAAUACAGGAAGCAAAAUUAAUAACGGACUUGCUUAUUCCUUGAAUAUGUUAUUUUGUAGCGUAAAUAACGUAAAAUAACGUACAUUCUAUUUAUCCAUUUAUUACAUAUGUAAAUUAAUACGCGUUAAAAACACCAGAAUAUAGAUUCAAUAUUUAAGAACAAUAAAGUAAAAUUGUUAAAAACAUA